CGGGCAGCUGGAGUGUGCGGGCCCGCCGGGCACGGCCAUGCAGCCCCUGGAGGUAGGUCUGGUUCCCGCUCCACCUGGGGAGCCGAGACUGACCCGCUGGCUGCGGCGAGGCAGUGGGAUCUUGGCGCACCUGGUAGCUUUGGGCUUCACCAUCUUUCUGACAGCGCUGUCCCGGCCAGGAACCAAAACAGGUCCCCUGAUGGAGGAUAGAAGUGAAGGAGGCCGGGCUCGGUGGGUCACGCCUGAAAUCUCAGCACUUUGGGAGGCCGACUCGGGUGGAUCACUUGAGUUCUGCCUCUGCAUGGCCAAAGCCAUCCUACUCUUCUCACCUGAAUACUCUCCGUUCUUUUUCUGCUCCCGAAAAGCUCGGAUCCGGCUCCACUGGGCAGGGCAGACCCUAGCCAUCCUCUGUGCAGCUCUGGGCCUGGGCUUCAUCAUCUCCAGCAGGACCCGCAGUGAACUGCCUCAUCUGGUGUCCUGGCACAGCUGGGUAGGAGCCCUGACACUGCUGGCCACUGGUGGCCAGGCACUGUGUGGGCUCUGCCUCCUCUGUCCUCGGGCAGCCAGGGUCUCGAGGGUGGCUCGCCUCAAGCUCUACCAUCUGACAUGUGGACUGGUGGUCUACCUGAUGGCUACAGUAACGGUGCUUCUGGGCAUGUACUCAGUAUGGUUCCAGGCCCAGAUCAAAGGUGCAGCAUGGUAUCUUUGCCUGGCACUGCCACUGUAUCCAGCCCUUGUGAUCAUGCACCAGAUCUCCAGAUCCUACUUACCAAGGAAGAAAAUGGAAAUGUGAGUUCCUGCAAACUCUGAAUCUAGAUGGAACACUUGCCUUGGACUUCAUGGUUCCUUUGGUCGUCUACAAGGGAUCCAUUUCAGAAGUGGUCAGGUUUUUGCACUUCUUGGCUGGUCCAGGGACUGCAGAAACCAAAGCUGCUAUUGCUGAGGAAUAAUUCAGUGGCUCAAAAUGGGGAAAUGUACUGGGUACGAGUGGAAGGUGAUGGAGAGCCUGAUCCUGAAGCCUCUACUUGAUGAGAGUUAGUUUUGGGUGGUGCUAGUGAUAUGCUGGUGGUCAUUUCUUGCUUGUGUGCCUGAUGAAAAAUUGUAAGUUAUGAAUGGCAUCCAUGGAUAUUUGGCUUACUUUUAAGAAAGCAGUGUGAUGUAGUGGAGAGAGUCUAUGGGCCUUGUUUAUGGAAUAUGGUACUCUUAGGCUCUGUUGUACAACCUUAGGUACAUUCCAUACCUUAAGACCUCUGUUUCUUCAUCUGUGAAAUGUUUCUAAGCAGUCUCUAAGUCCCUUCCAUCUUAAUAUUCAACAUCUGUCAGGUCUGUGUCUCAGAACACCCUCCCAGCUGUGAACCAUGUGGACCACUUAGCAGACUCAGGGUAGCUCCUUACUCUCCCUUUACUCCCCUGGAGGGACAGCUCUGCCCUUGAGGCCCUUCAGAAAUUUGUGCUGAUUUGGUCCCUUUGCCAGGGCAUAGAGGGUCAGACACUGUGGAGAGAAGGGACUCAGAUGAGGGUCUUCUGGACUCUAAGACAGUGAAGGCACUAAAGUCACUUUAAAGCUUUUGGAGGAGUAAGAGGGCAUUGGCAUCUUCCUUCAGCCCACCUCAGUAUCUGGGCUUGAGGACUGUAAGGCCUGCGUGUGCUCCCUCCCCUGAAAUUGCUUCUCAGGGCAAAGGAGCCCUGGGCAUCUCAUGCUUUGCUCAUCUUAGGGCUCAGAUUCUUGCCUUAGCACAUAGCUACUUGGAGCUUUUCAAGCUUUUCAUAAGGGUCAAGGAAGUGGGGGAAGGGCUUUUCUGAUCCCAAGAAAACAAAGUUUUUCUGGUUCCCCCUCUUCCUUUUUUUUGUUAUCUAAGCUUUCCUCAGUUGUCAUCUCUUGCCAGCUCUUUGGUCCAAGAGGGGACUGAGUUUGGUGCCAGCUGGCAAAUGAGGGCUGGGCUCUCUUCCCCACAGAGAACCCCCUUCCUUGUUGCAGAUGAAAGUAGUUCCCCAGACUGCCCUCGGUGGUGAGGACUGGAUGCCAGACUGCUUAGCUGUGGUCUGGCUCAGUCGGAAAGAUGGGACCUCCUUAAAUCAUGGCAAGGACUGACAAGAGUGAAGCCAGGAAAGUGCUGCUGAGGCAGGUACACAUAGCUCACAGGGAACUCUGGGAAGCCUGGGGUGUAGGCGCUAGAGCUCCAGUUCCUGGGAGCAGGGGCAGGUGUUCUUAGACGUUAAUGUUGUGGAUGACCCGGGUCUUCUGAAGAUUCAGGUCCUCCUCUCCAUGUAGCUCAGAAGAAAGGAGGUUGGUGUGAUUCAAUAGUACAAGAAUGGGCACAGCAAGGGCAGAAGUGUCCUCUCCGUAUACCUCAUUAUGCCUCUCCUGGGGAAGACUGCAUCUUUCAGGACAAGCAUCUAAAGGAGGCCCCAGCUGUGCAGAGGGGUGAUUGUUCCUGUCUCUUUCAUUGUCCCCCCUCCUCUCAAACUAUCCAGUGUGGUGCAAACUCGGAAGAAACAGUUACUGGGGCUGCAUGGAGAAUCUCACCUGUGGUGAUUUUGAUCCAGGGACUGCAUCUCCUCUUCCCUCAUCACAGCCAAUGCUGAGGGGCUCACCCUACCUGCAGCAGGGUAGGAGGGCCAGGCAAAGUUCACCAGCUUGCUCUGAGAACAAGCAGGCAAUGCCGUAAAGCCUGAGCCUGCCUGAGGUGCUGCCUCCUCCCAGGUGGUGCGGGGGCUGAUGGGCGGGCGGGCAGGCAUGCUGACAGCCGGCAGUUUGCGUGGGCUGUGCCAUCUGAUGUCUAUUCCCAGCCCUGGGAGGAAGGGGGAGUCAUUUAUAUUCUGCAGGAGGAAGGGGCCCCAGCUGUCGCCUUUCUGACCAGCGGGCCUGGAGGGCAGGGGCACAGAGCAGAGAGGAGGGCACAGGUGGUCUCCUGCUUAGCCUGGUCUGACUGCAGUAUAGGGCACAGGUCACCAGGAGGAGCCCUUCAUCCUGGCAGGCCGGAUUAUGGAGUGACUUCCCUCCCCCCUUUCCAUUUCUCCAUCAACACCUGCCCUCCCAUCCUGGGGCAGCAGCUGGACAGCCAUUAGACCUCAGUGCCAGAGCACUCUUUCUCCAGCUGGGAUCUCAGUGGCUCCCAGCUUCAUGACCUCCUGCUUGUGUGUUCCCUCCUCCUCCAUCCUCUGUUCUGCGUACCUCCCCUUUUCUCCUCAUGUCUGGGGUAUUCACUUGGCUCAUCGGCAAGGAAGCAAACGCCUUAGAGAAGCACAUGGUUGCCCUUUUGUCCUUGCUCCCUGACUAGGGAAAGCUGCUAGUGGUCAGCCUGUUUUGCCUUAAAA